AGUGACUAUAGUCUAUACUCAUACUGUCUACAUAGACUCUAACUCUAGUGUAGUAGAGUAGCCUACUAUACUAUACACUGUAUGAGUUGCAAAGAAAUUGAAGCCUAAUUGAGGAAAGCGCAAACAGGGACAUCCUCGUAUAACUUGGUGCAAUACUUUCUUGGAGGACCUCAAAGCAGUGGACACCAGGUAGUGACUAUAAGCCUUGGCCUAAGUGCAAGCUGCAUUGAAUUUUCAUCCCUUAAAAAAUUCAAACAGAAUGCUGCUAAGAUUCACUAGAUUUUUGGACCAUUGUGAAAAGUUUUCAUUCAGCUCUAUAGUGUAAGCCAUUCAUGUUAAGUGCAAAACAGAAGCAGUGUUUAUUGAACUCGGAUGGAAACAUCAGCAAAAAAAUAUGAACAUUAUCAUUUUAAGAAAAGGGGUUCAAGUAAAGCAAUGUCUCCAUCACCAUUGAAAACAUACACUGUACAUUUCAACUUGAACAGUCUUCGCAGUAGCAAUUCUGUAUCACCAUCACUUCCAACUGUCUCACUGGGAUCUUUGAAUACUUCUAUUGAUCAAGCUCCAAGAAAAAAUAAAAAUGGAAAAAAGAGGCAUAGUGGAUGGUAUCGUCUGCAGCGUAAGUUACCAAGAAAAGGAGUUGUGGCCAUUGAGAAUAGCCACCCCCAUCAUCAGUUAGUUUCCUGUGUGCGACAAGGAAUUAGAGAACUUAAUAGGAAAUUUCCAGCUUUUGGUCCUAAAGUGGAAUUAAAUAACUUAGACUUCACAGAAGUUUUAAAAACUGAGAUUCAAAGUAAUAAAAAGAUUUUCGAAUUUGAAUCAUAUUCACCUUCAGUAUUUGCAACUAUACGUCAAGCUAUUGAUAUAACUGAAAAUGAAUUCCUAAACUCAGUUGCACCAGUAGAUGAUCAUCCAUAUUAUGAAUUCAUCAGUAACUCAAAAAGUGGCCAGGAUUUUUUCUUAAGUAACAACAUGCAAUUCAUGUUUAAAUCUAACAGACAGAGGGAUGUCAAGUUCUUUAUUUCAAUACUCAGAAAUUAUCUACAGCACUUCAUUUCCUACCCACAUUCCUUGCUGGUGAAAUAUGUUGGCUGCUAUGCAAUUAAAUUUCCUGGAAAACCAAAAAAAUAUUUCCUUGUCAUGCAGAGUAUAUUUUAUCCCUCUGACCGAAUAGAGGAAAGAUUUGAUAUCAAAGGUUGUACCGCAGGAAGAUAUCAAAAGCCAAACGCAGAGGGCUCACAAAUCAUCAUAGUCCUGAAAGAUCAGAAUUUUCUAACGGAAGUUCUUGACUUUGGAGACCAAAAUCAAUGGUUUUUGCAACAGAUUCAAGCAGAUUCUGAAUUUUUAUGUGGCCUCAACUGCAUGGACUACAGUUUGCUGAUUGGAAGACAAAGGAAACAUACAGAUGAAAAGGUGACAGAACAUGUUGCUACCAUAGUAGAGAGAAUCGGAAAGUCUAUAUCUCCUAUAAGAAAAGGAAUGCUUACGUCUAAUGGAGAUGCCUUGUACAAUAGCAAAGGUGAUUAUACCAACAGAGCUCUAAAUGACUUGAAAGAAUCAACAUUUCAAGACAUUAUUACUUUACCAGAAUACAAACCAGGUGUCAUGUUUCCACGUAGUCUGACUGAUGGGGUUGAAAAUUUUCACAAGGAACAUAGAAGACUUUUGCCAAAAAGCAAAAAUGCUCUUCACAUUUUGGAUGGAGAGGAGUACAGAUAUUUUGUUGGAGUUGUAGAUUUCCUGACAAGAUUUGACUGGCGCCAGAAAACAGCACAGUAUUGGAAAAUAGUGAAAUAUAGCUGUGGGGACCAUUCCACAAAAAGUCCAAAGGUUUACAGUCGAAGGUUCAUCAAUUUUUUAAGAGACCAUGUCAGAUGAAACAUUUACCUGAAUAUUUUAGCAACAUUUAUUUAUUUUACUGUUUCUUUAUCAGUACCAUAUAAAACUUAUAUGGUUUAAUUAAUAGUGUACAAAAAUUUAAACAGAUACUGUUUAAAAAAAAGUUUUGAAACCACAGUCAGUUAUACAUUUCUUUUAGCAUUUGUUAAUAUUUAAAAUGAAAUAAUUUUUUAAAAUGAAUUGGCUUUACUUAACACAAUGUGGAUCAUAGCUAAACUUGCAAAACUUUUUGAUACUCAUGGCAUUAAGUAUGCUAUCAAAUAAAUAUUUGUAAAAAAAAAAUUAUAUUUUAGACAUUUAUAAGAUAUUUCUAUGAUUUGAAAACACUUCAAAUAAUCAUUUCAUGGUUAUAUAAAUUCACUUAUGAUGCUAGAAAAGAGUAAAAUAGAAGAAAAACAAUUUUAAUGUUAAAUCAGAAUUCAUUAAAACUCUGAAAUUCUUUUAUUUAAAAAUAAAUAUGUUAUGAACGCUUUUGCAUGUAAAAAAACAUGUAUCCUUUUUUUAUCUAAGCUUUCAUAAAUGCACUCAUAAAUUUUGUUUUUUCCUUAAAAUUUUUUGCCUUAUUUUACAUUCAAAGAAAGAAUCUCUUCUACAGUUCUCAUUUAAGUAUUUUUUCCCUUGAACAAAGCAUCUGUGAUAAUUAUUUUAUUAUUUUAUGUACAUGUUCUAAACUAGAAUAUUUACUGCUGAUUUAUAUAUUUUUCUUCUACAGUAUUAUGCACAGCAAAUAUCAUAUUACAAAGUAAAUAAUUUUUUAUUGUCAAAAUUUUAUUUUUGAAAAUGUUUUUACAUCAUUUUAAAACUGCUGAAAAUUAAUAAAAGCUUCACAUUGAAGUCAAUGAUCUUUAUAAUUUAUGUUCCAAUAAUAUUUAUAUAGGUUAGUGAACAUUUACUUAUAUAUUUGUAUAUAUAUAUAAAAGAAAUAUAGCCUAUUAAUUAUCUCUUUAUUCAUGAUGUCAACUAUAGCAAUAAGCCAAAACUUUGAUACAAAUAUUAAUAGCUCAUAAUAAUUGCUGUGAUAAAAAAUAUUGUUUCAAUUCUUUAUUCUAUGUUAUGCAUGUUUACUUCAUUAUACAGUAGAGUCAUGAAAUAUCAGCCUUAUCUGGACCAAGGUUUGCUCAAGUUUGUGGAAUGGGACUUAAGAAAAAUGCAGAAGAUAUAGCUCUGAACUUGUCUGUGUUGUAUUGAAUACAGCAGAGAAUAAACUAACCAAAUAUCCUAAUACAAAGAAGAAGUAAAUACUUAAUGAAGGCAUUGAACCUAUAAACAUGAACAUGAAAAAUUGAGUAGGCCUAAUGUACAGAUUGACCUUAGAAAAACACUUUAGCAAGACAUAAUUCUGUCUUUAGUGAAAAGAAACUGCAAAAACUGGCUACUUUUUUAAAGCUAUGGCCGAGUUAUCUAAACGGCCAUUUUUUGGAGUGUCAUGUUUUCAAAACUCUACUGUAUUUCUAUACAAAUGAUAUAUUAUUUGUUAUGGCAGCAUUUUUUUAACAAUUAGAUAUUAUAAGCUACUUUGGUAGACAAAAUUUUGACAAAUAUCUAGUUACUUCAAUAAGUGCACAACAUUUUUGAAUAAUGUAUAAAAAAAAACAUGGCUGCUUUUUCAAACAAUAUCAUUUAUAAAACUUGAUUUGAUUUAAUUUUUGUUUUAAAAUUAUUAUCAAUAAUGUACAAAUUAACAUACUAACUUAAAAUGGAGUUAUUUAAAUGUAAAAGAUUGUUUUUCUUUCACCAGUUAUCAUAUUUUCACUUUUGUGCAUGCCCUUGGAUCUUUUAAAACUGUAAUGUAUUUUUCAAUGAUUAUACUCAAAAGAAUUUCAAAACUAUAAGCAGGUCAUUGUUCUAAAAUUUUCUUUAGGAAAAUUUCAUCCGCCCUUAAAAAGUUAUCAGUGUAUAAAACCUAAUUACACAAAUAUUAACUAAGUAGACCCUAAACAUCUCCCCUUUAAAAAAAUGUUAACCCAUCAUUCUUUCCACCUCUUCAAACCAAACAAUUUAAUGCUUGCUAAUCAUACCCUCCUUUUAAAGUUGUUUUUAUAAAUAAAAAUUUGCUGAUUUAUCAGGUUGGCUUUUGUAUUGUCAAACCCAAUAACCUGAAUUCUUAUUUUGCCACUCAUGCAACAUAGCCAGAACAAAAGAAAUAAACAUUACAUUAAUAUUUGUUUCAAUAGUUUUCAAAUACUCAGAUUUAUUUAAUGUUUUUGAUUGUAUAUCUUAUUUUAAUGUUUUAUUUGCAACUUUUCACAUUUUCCUGAUGCACUGUCACUCUGUCAUUUAAUAUUUUAAUACAAAUUUUUUAUUUGUGUCAUUUUUUGAUGUCAGACUAUUUAUGGCUAAUUCUGUAUUUAUAUUUAGGCAUAUUUAUUUACAACUAUGCAAACUAUGUUUUAGGGAUUUAUUAAGUCAAAUACUUUUUAAAAGUUCAUGUAUUAAAAUAUUAUUUUCUACACCCUUCAAA